AUGGACACCAACGUCAUCGACCGGCUCGAGGACCAGCUUAUCGACCACCCGGACGAGGCUACCCGCCAUGAGCUUGCAGGAGACACCCUAGACUCGACGUUCCAGCUGAAGCUCAAAGCGAUGGCGGAACAGAUCGAGCGACAGGACCCCGUUGACGACGAUGGCACGCCGCAUGCCAACCCCGACGACCUGGUCAUGAGUGAUAUGAACUACCAAUUCCUUAUCACUCGAUCGCAUUUGAACUACCAAUACAGUGAGUUUGACGAUCUUGCCACUGAAGUUAAGGAGUGGUUUCUGUUUCUGGAUUUUAAGGAGAUCGGAGGGCUCGAAGAUUUAGCUCACCACUUUAACCGCGAACUUGAUGAACAUAUUGACGAGCAUGGCGAUCUAUCGGCUUACGAAAAACUCUUGCAACUGUGCAUGGAUGACAUCGCUGAUCGCAAUCUCGCCGACGACAGUUACAUGGUGACGAUGCCGCUAAAAGUGGUGUGUUACUACGCAUUGGGCGAGUACAAACAGCCAGGAACAACUAAGGCGAUUCAGACAAAACGAAUCGCUAAUAAUAACGAGGAAUUGAUCGAUAGAGACUUUUUUAAGCCGGUGAUCAAUCUUUUGGUCGGCAUCGUUGACUCUCUUGUUGCAUCUGAAAAGUGGGAUUUCCCACAACUGACAUCACAAAACUACUUUAGAGUGCUUACUCUCGUUUAUUUGAUGGUGAAUGUCGCCAUUCGUCUCAAUGAUAGCGGGGCUGCCAUACCACAACAAACGCGGGCUCUGCUAGAUCGAUUCUUGGACUACUUGGACAAAACCGAUCUUCUAUCCAAGCUCGUAAAGCUACUCGAAGUAUGGAAAUGGCACCCGUCUCGCCACUUUCGCAUGCGUUACGUCAUUAUGCUCGUGUGGAAACUCAUGUUAUUUGAGUUCGGCACCGAACUGCAUCGUCAACUGUGUGACGAGUUUUUGGUUGAAUUGCACAAUAUCACCAACAAGUGCGGGCGAGAUUUACCGGAGAAUCGUUUAGUGUGCUCGCCAUUGGAUUACUUUAGUUUCCGAGAAGAUAUUGUUGAUAAAUAUCCUCUUUACAAUAACCUCCAACAAGAGAAAUGGGAUGAUAUGGAAGAGAAAUUUGCUGAAGAGUUUGAUACGCUGCUUCCCCUGAUUAGUCUGGCCCUCCCCACUCAUCUGGCCGAGGAAAACUACCAGUUUUUCAUGGCCAUAAACUCUCAGACUAACUCGCUCUCCAACUUGAUCGAGACUCCCCGCACAACCAAAUCGCAUACCGUACUUUCCCAGCUUCCAGCUCCCGUGGUACACAUUGCCACCCCCGUCCCGUCGCCCAAUUUAGCAGCUCUGGACUACAUGUCUGGGGGAGAAAAGAUCCGCCGGCUGUAUCAGAUGAACCAAGCCAUGCCGUUUCUCUAUCCGUCGCUUGCUGAUAACACCGAGCAUACAGUGGUACCGGUGGCAAUUGAGGAGGCUGACAAAUUGUUUCGACUGUCGAUCUAUGAACUGUACUCAACGAAGCGUCUUUGGAACGAGCGAACUAAGUUUAUGAAACAGGAGAGAGGGUACAUGGCUCCGGCCAAGGAUGAUGAAUUCGAGUAUGCCCAUCAAGAUCUUGCCGCCCGUUAUCCGAAUCAAACUCGACAAAUUCGUUCGAUCCUUCGUGUUGAGAAAUUUUAUCGCAACUCGUUCGUUCAACUUCACACGUUUGUCCAGGUGCUUAUCGAGCUCAUAAAAUUGAAUAAGCUCGAUUAUAACUUGAACUACCCGGAAUGGGAGCUUGAUCCAGAGAGGCUGUAUUUUAAGCAUCCUCCUGACAUUGACAAAAAGGGGCAAAUGAAAAGCGUGAUUGAUUUUGUCUUGUAUCUGCAACUUGAGGUGGUCAACAUCAAAGAAAUCACAUUAAAAGCAGGAAGUGCCAUCAUUUUACUUAUGCUUCGUUGGUUUAAGAUCAAUCACGUGCUCAAAUACUACUAUCUUCUGCUGAUUCUCUUUGACCAGCAGUUCUUUGCGGUGCUGUUGGAUUACAUUUCUCGAGGGUUCAACAACACCAAUCUUCAGACUGAUACUUCGCAAGCGACAGACGAGGUUCUGGAGUACGAGAUUCUCAUAAAUCAAAACAAGAUCAUGAAUCCUCAGAUUGAUAUACCUCAAUUUGACUUUUUCAAUCAGUGUCAAGGCGUUUUACCAGACGAUCCUAACCCCAUCAUUUUAAUCAAUCGGUCAAAGAUUCUGGAUUUACCGCGUGUCGUCGAUGCUAACAAUAUCAACAACGUUUACUUGGAAAAGUAUAAUCGCAAUUACUGCUUUAUCCUCAGCAACUUGCUAAAAACCAACAACAAGUUAUUGCUCAAAAACCAAACGCAAAGGAUCUUUACGAUGAACGAACUCAAGCCUCUGGAGCUCUACAAAAUGAUCUUGAUCAAUUAUGAUUGUCCUGCUCUCACCAUGCCUAUCCUCAAAAUUCUCAAGAAACUUGUCCCUUACCAGGGCCGUAAGUGGAAACUGAGCAACAUGGAUUUGAUCUCGCAAAUCUAUCUCAACUUACGCUUGCUGUUAAAGGAUAACUGGCUCAGUGGGAAAGACUUGGAAACGGACUUUAAUAAUCUGUAUGACCAGGAGAUUGCGCUUAGGGCUUUACUUCAAUUCUACAACAUCAGUCGCUAUCCUGAUGAGAUGGAGAAAAUCGGCUACAAGGCAAACUCCAAUUUGGAUAUCCCAGCAUUGUCUCUUGAUGACGACAGUUACUGA